AUGGCGACUGUUCGCAACCGUGCUAUUGUUCAAUUUGAGGGGCUAGACACCGGGGUUGGUCGCUGGUCAUGCUCAAAAGACAUCUCGGCUUCAAAUUGUGCCCAUAUCAACUCUGCUCGACAGCUGCUUCAGCAUACUCAGGCUUCAGACCAGUCCGGAGGAGUCAGGCUUCAAUAUGAUCCAUCUCGCAUUGGCACCCCUCGUCGGACCGUCCCAGUUUCCUACCUCGCCCGACCCCCACCCAUCUGGGCUUGUCUCACGGAUGAGGAGCAAUCUAUAAACCGCUUUCACAGCCCUGAGAGAGAGCAGGACUGUCCAAAGCCCAUCCCAUUGCCAUCCAUGUCAGCCUGCACAUGUAAUCGGGGAUCUACCGCUGACGCCAACCCUUUCAUGGAAUUGAUUGAACGUGAAUGCACUGUGUACGGCCUUUCACAUGCAUGGAAAGGGACGGUUAUGGUGCAGAAGUGUGGACUUUGUCAACGUCGCAUGAUAGGCCCUGACUGUCGCGAAUUAGGCCUCUUCAACUACAACAACUCAAUCAUUGUUGCCGAAAGCCUUUUGGACGACUUUACAAGCAUGUUUAUUGGAUCGGAAACCCCGUUUGUUGCCUAUGCUGCUGCAGCUAGUCGUCGCUACGAGACCCACAGCUCGCCAAUUCCAUUCCUCUCGGAAAAGCUUUUCCGAGAGAUAUGGUUCGGCUAUGUCGUCUUGGUGGAUCUCAAUCUUCGUAUUGAUGGAAUGUGUCCCAAGUGCGGCCCAGUACCUGAAACCACUAUCUGGGAUGGUGUGACAGUAGCAUUCAGUCAACGCUACCUACAAGCUUCAUUGGAACCCCCGACAGUUUCUUCCGCGACUUCAGCAACUCGAGCCAACGUAAAGUAUAUCCAUGGCCAGCAGUGCAUCGAAGACAAGAACCUCCGCCGGCAAUUACGCCAGAUUCUUCACGGGCCAUCCCUCUUUGCCACUACAUCAUUUACAGAGUCAACGGUUACGGACGACACAUCAGAGAGCGAGUCCGAUGGGGCCGACACCGACACUGCACCAGCACCUCCAGUGGUAGGAAAGCAGAGAACCAAAGCUAAAGAAGAGGAACUCAGGCGGCUCAGGGCAAUUCCACGGGUGCUUGAAGGGUUACAAAAAAUUAACCAUGGACUAGCUGCUACAUUCAAUCGGUGGUUUGGAAUAUCAGCCAUCAGCGCCUGUCAAGAACCACCGUCGGUCUAUACUCGGUUGUUCAAACAGAUCGUCGCUGAAGAAUCAGUGCUUCAGAUGAUGAACCGCCCAGCGCUUCAUGACGUGGCCAAAUUCCUAUCUGCGACAACUACCAGCGAUGCAGCACCUGACCCCACCCAUCUUAUAUCCGUCCCAGUGUUUUACGAUGUCGCACAGUAUGAGCUGGAUCAAUUUGGUGGACUUCAACCGACUACCAGGGAGCUUUUCCAUUGGGCAUACACUCGGGGCUACCAGGUUGUCCAGACAUUACUGGAGAAAAACGGGGUGCCGAGAAAGAUUGGAAGAAGACUGGGUGUUAUUACGCGCUGCCUCAACUUCGUCACCGGCCUCGGUAUCCUAAUCUCAAAGGGGACCAAACGCGCGAUGCUGCUGGGAGCAAAGGCCAAAAAAGAGGCAUUUGUUCGAAGUUCUAUUCCCAGUAUAGUGAGCAGCGUUUGA